CGUUUUGAAAGACAAGCGCAUCAAAUGGUUUUGUGAAUAUGGAACAGGAGAGCAUUGCCUUGGGUUAUGAGGAUGAUGAGGCAGAGUUUCUACGUGAGCUCCACAGAUUACAGAACAAUGCACGUGAGCAAAAGGAACUCUUGAAGUGUGUUCAGAAGGAAGAAAAGAAUUUAGGCGAGACCCUUGAAAAGAAGAUUGAAGAAGAAUUCCAAACUUCAUUACAAUGUGCCAGGGCAGAACUGUCCUUGCUGGAGUUGCGCGAUUCGAAUAAAAGACUUCAAUGCAGUUUUGAUAAGGCUAAGAACGAUUGCGUGAAUCUCAUGGCUAGACAAAACAACGCAACAAAAAGAUAUCAAAAAUUGAUUAAAUCACGACGUGCAUUCGAGGUACGUAGAGAACGUCUCAAAAGAAAGAUGGAAAGCUUUAGUGUGAAUACUAGUCCAUAUUUUCAUAAAACCUUACGAACCCUCGAAAUCAUUUAUAACAAUCCAUUUUGGCAACAACAUGUUUGCAAAGAAAUAAAGGAAGGAAUUAAUCAAGUUUGGGAUUUGUGCUAUCCUUCAAUCACACGAAGUCCAACCUUCAACGAGGAUUCCAUUUGUAAGCUUUUCGGAUGUUUUGAAAGAUUUUCAGAGACGCUUUCUGAAGAGGAACAAAUUCUACUCAAAGCUUUAUUAAGUUUAAAAUAA